CAAAUUAGGCUUAGUUUUAACCUCGUUGAUAUUCUAAAAAUUAAACGGUUUUUUAUUGAAGACCUUUGUUUAAUAUUUUUGCAGUUUAGUAUAGUAAUAUGAGAUGAGUAUGCAGUAGAAACAAACGUGAGAGAAAAAUGAAGAUAGUUAGAAAAUUCAGUUUUAUCCUUAGAAGGAAUUACUGUUCCACAAGCUUAAUAGAGACAAAUGAAGCAAAAUACCCUCCUAUUUUGGAUUUGUCACCAGAAGCAGUGAAGGUAAGGGAGAGGCAAGAGAAAGCUAAGAACAUCGAAGUGAUGAACACCGUCGAGGAGAAACUCUUCGCCAUAAAUCUCGACAAGUACUAUGGCUGGAAUUCUCUAAUCCUGACUGAAGGUGUUUACCCAUACAAAUUCAUGCCUUUUGCCAAGCAUGUGACAAGGACUUACGUUCAUGAAGUUUCAAGAGAGGAAUUCCAUAAUAUACAAAAAACGGUUGUGGAUGAAAACAAGGAGCUUGUCGAGCGGAUUAGGCCUUACCUGCAAGAAGCACUUCUGUUAGAACUUAACUGUAAAAAGAAAAAAAUAGAUGUAGAAAGUGAGUUUUUCAAAUCACAAUCGGAUAUUAACAAUGAAGCCUCUAGGCCAAUACUUGAAAGUAUAAAUCAAAUAUUACUCUCCUCCCUGUCAACACAAUACCCACAUCUACUUGAAACAAUGGUUGAUUACAAUCCAAGAGUGGAAGCUUUUUGGUUAGUCGGAAACUUCCAACCGUCUCAACAGCUUAUUGACGAACGUGAGAAAUUUAAUAAAGACAAUGAAGGCGAGAGAAAUGUACAAUUGCUCAAUACUACAGAAUUGGUUGAACAUUGGGUACAAUAUUUCGGUAAACCUUUACUUCAGCUACGUGCUACGUUACCACUACAAGUUUUGGACACUGAACGAAUACCAGAAUAUAAUCAAAAUAAAGAACCAAACGUACUUGUUCCAAAGAUGGAUCACGAUCCCUCCUUAAGUUACAAUUUAAAUUUUCAAAGACGUUUUGGAACUAACAUACCAGGUUUUUGGCCUGGAGAUAAACACGAGUUUGGUAUACUUUCAUAUCAUCAACAAGGACAUGUGGUAGAUCGUCCACCUCAUUUUGGAGAAAAAGAACUUAAAGAGACCCUGCAAGCCCAGGCCGUGCUGGCUGGUUUUAGCUGGACUCACGCUCAGGCUUGUUACCAAGGUUUUUCAACAUAUUCAGACGUGACGUAUCCAUUUGUGAGUCAACAUAUAUUAUCAGAUGGAAGAAAUUUCUCGUUUUAUCUCUAUCAGUUAAACACUACUCUCUUACAUUCAGACUUUACAGAAAAAAAUCCAAGAUUAAACGUUUGUGUAGCUCUUCCUUCUUCUCAGCUGUAUCAAGAAAUAAAAGGAAAUGAGUUUGUUGGUUGGGAUGAUUCAGUUUUGUCAACUCUUAUUUCAUGUUAUCUCAACCAACCUCAGGUAAGGUCAGGAGUGGAUCUGAAACCAUUUUUAAACCCAGCUGAACAAAAACUCGCAGAAAUAGAAGACGAGGAAAGAAGAAAAUGGUUACAUAAACAAUUUAAGCACAUGUACAGCAAUAGGCCGAGGCAUAAGCUUCCAUAUGAAAUUUAUGAUUGGGAGAGAAUUUAUAAAAUUAAAUUCAAUACAAGGAUGUUGGAAGCUAGAAAUAGGCCAUUUGAAAGGGGGCAAAACCCUCUAGAAGAAAGGAAAUACUAUGAACACAUGCAUGAGUACAUACCUAAGAAAUUUAGGCCCAAGAAAAGACAUUGGAUGGGCUGGAGGGCUAAAUUUGCAAAAACCUACUAUCCUGAAAAAUUUUAAUUCGCUUGUGUUUAUAUUAGAUUUUUAACUUAUGUUUAUAAUUUCAUCAUUUUUCAUUUUACACU